CUUCAGAGCAGAGUUAGUUGUCAUUCCGCGCUUGUCCCGGCAUCAUCAACUACGCUACCGACAACGUGAUCCUUCAUGACUACCUCGAAGAGGAACAACAUGGAUUUCUCUCGUAGUUUGGUAACUUUGAUUUUUCUUAUCUUGCUGUUUAGUGCUGAUAGAAAUGUAUCAGUCGCCCAAGGUAUCAGCAUUUUCUCAUUUAUUCAUGAUCUAAUUCAGUAUAACGUAGCGGGGAUACCGCUCAUUCAUGAGCAAACGCAGUGGGAUUUUAAUCCAGAAGAUGGGAAACGAAGAAGAAUCAGGUACGAAAAGGAAAAUGGUCGUCAUGGAGAAAUCGCAAUUGAGAAGAUCGGCAUGGGAAUCGGAAAUAAGGAACCGUUAAGAAGAAUUGCGUAGAUUCGCUAAUCUGUAAAAGAAAUACGUCAAAAAUCAAUGAAAAAUAAUUGUAGCAUAAGUAGAACUGUAUCGUACGUAAUAUAUUUCAGUGAAAAGAAGAAAUUUCUUCCUUCAAAGUGUUUGACUUGGUCGAGUAAUAUUUUAUUUUGUAUUUAAUACUUAUAUCUAAAUAUAUCGUAUUUUUCAUCAA